UUCCACCCACUUCAUCGUCUGACAAAACCCUAGCUCGUUCCCCGCUCUCGCCUUAAGCCUCACCUUUCCUCUGCCCCCAAGCGCAACAAGCGAAAGAGCGAAGCACCGAAGCGGCGGCGGCGAGUGGUGGUAGCCAUGGCGGAGCUCAAGCGGCUGUCGGAGAGCCGCGACCUGAUGCGGAUCGAGCGCAUCGGCGCGCACUCCCACAUCCGGGGGCUGGGGCUGGACUCCUCCCUGGAGGCCCGCGACGCAUCGGAGGGCAUGGUCGGGCAGCUCCCCGCCCGCCGCGCCGCCGGCCUCAUGCUCCAGCUCAUCCGCCAGGGCAAAAUUGCCGGCCGCGCCGUCCUCCUCGCGGGCCAGCCCGGCACCGGCAAGACCGCGCUCGCCAUGGGCAUCGCCAAGUCCCUCGGCGCCGAGACGCCCUUCGCCUCCAUCGCCGCCUCGGAGCUCUUCUCCCUCGACCUCUCCAAGACCGAAGCGCUCACCCAGGCCUUCCGCCGCGCCAUCGGCGUCCGUAUCAAGGAGGAGGCGGAGAUAAUCGAGGGCGAGGUCGUCGAGGUCUCUAUCGACCGCCCCUUAUCUGCCGCCGGUGCUGGCGGCAGCUCGGGCGCGCCUUCCGGUGCUACUGCAGCCGGGAAGACCGGGCGACUCACGCUGAAGACCACGGACAUGGAGACGGUGUACGAGCUUGGGGGAAAGAUGAUUGAGGCUCUUGGGAAGGAGAAGGUACAGAGUGGGGAUGUGAUUGCGCUUGACAAGGCCUCCGGGAAGGUCACCAAGCUUGGCCGCUCCAUCGGGAGGUCGCGGGAUUAUGAUGCUGUUGGCCCGCACACCAAGUUUGUCAAAUGUCCUGAUGGUGAGCUCCAGAAGCGCAAGGAGGUCGUGCACUGUGUCACCUUACAUGAGAUUGAUGUCAUCAAUAGCAGGACACAGGGUUUUCUUGCACUGUUCACUGGUGACACUGGUGAAAUUCGUGCAGAGGUUCGAGAGCAGAUUGACACAAAAGUUGCAGAGUGGAGGGAGGAAGGAAAGGCUGAGAUUGUGCCUGGUGUUCUGUUUAUUGAUGAAGUCCACAUGCUAGAUAUCGAAUGCUUCUCUUUCCUAAACCGUGCAUUGGAAAAUGAUAUGGCUCCGAUCCUAGUUAUUGCCACAAACCGAGGGAUCACAUCCAUCCGCGGGACAAACUACCGGUCGCCACACGGGAUACCGCCAGAUUUCCUUGACCGCCUCUUGAUCAUCACGACGCAGCCGUACACAGAGGAUGAGAUCCGAAAGAUCCUAGACAUCAGGUGCGACGAGGAGGACGUGGAAAUGGCCACGGACGCCAAGGUUCUGCUCACGAAGAUUGGCGUGGAGACCUCCCUGAGGUAUGCCAUCCACCUGAUCACCGCUGCCGCGUUAGCCUGCCAGAAGCGCAAGGGCAAGGUGGUGGAGAUGGAGGACAUAAGCCGGGUCUACCAGCUCUUUCUCGAUGUGAAGCGGUCGACGCAGUAUCUGAUGGAGUAUCAGAGCCAGUACAUGUUCAGUGAAGUGCCAGGGGAGGCGGGUGGAGAUGAUGCCAUGCAGUCUUAGAUGAAUUUUGUUACAAUUUAACUGGGUUAGUCUGUACUUGGUGUAUUUCGGAUGCUUGUUUGGGUUGCUGUUACCCUGACAACGCGUGGUGUGUGGAAUGGACUAUAUGUUAGCUGCUAUAGGUCAAUGUAUCUUAUCAAAUUGCAUCCCAGGUUGGAGUCGUGGUUUGUUUA